CCAGCGCGCGCGCCACACACUCGCCGUCGCUCGCCAUGUACGCGCUCGCGCUGCUCCUGGCGCUCGCCGCCCCCGCCGCCGCCCUCGCCGCCCCCGCCCCCACCCCCGUCCCCGCCGACCGCACCGGCUACGAGCGGGAGAUCGAGGCCUACCAGGUGCCCAAGCUCCUCGACUACGUCCUCAACGAGGAGUACCUGCUGAAGCAGCGGAACAGGGGGAAGCUCAUCACGCGCGUGCGGCCGGAGGAGGCCGUCGCCUCCGACAACGUGAUCCUCGAGUCCAACAUCGUCAAGAUCCUGAAGCCGAGGAAGCUGGGCGGGGAGCUAGUGCGGCAGCGGCGGGGCUACAACCUGGAGAACGUGGUGGUGCCGGCGCGGUACCCGUACCUCCCCGUCCCUCGGUACUACAACCGUUUUCGCAAGUGGGGCUAGCGCCGGACGAAUGUCAAGGCUGCGCGUGUAAACAAUGGGACGCCGCGGGCCGAGGGCAGCGCGCCCGGGGCCCAGACUAGUUAUGUAGUGCGCUGUGCGGCUAUAAGUGGCUGUGAAGUGCGUGCCGACCGCCGCGCUCCCGUCGCCCGCUCCUCGCUGCGACGGUCGAGCUAGGACAAUAAUAAUAUGUGAAUGCUGACUAAUUUUAGUGAUUUUAUUUAAGUAUAGAGAUUAAAAUUAUUCUAUGUUAA